AUGGCACGACUCGGACCCGAGAUGUUCGAUAUUCGCCCAAGGACUGGCAACCUGACGAAGCUCGCGGAUGGGUUGCGCUUCGAAGCGGCGGUUCAAGCCGCAAUUAGCGGGGCGCUGGCCAUUCGAGGCGUUCCCCCAAUGAAGCCUAGUCGCUCAGUCGGACGGGCUUGCCAAUACGCGGCAUUCAACACCGCCGAUGGCGGUUACGAUAUUCUCGAAGGCGAAUGCCGCCAUAUUUCUGGACCAGAUGAACGCUGGGGAAUUCCCGAUUCACCGGUGGCGCCUCGUUCGGUCUCUGACAUUCCGAAAUUCGUGAAAUGGCUUGGCCUGACCGUUGAGCUCGACGCCUGGUGGGAAGAGGAUGAAGUAGCCUCACUCGACGGUGAAGCUGCCCAAUCAGCGAUCGCCUUUCACCUGAUGACGACCACCGAGAGGUUCGGCCACGCACCCCCCAUCAAAGGGCACGGGCGUAACGGCGAAAGGCCCUUGCUGGCGCCGGAUCUCGUGAACACGCUAGAGCAUCUGGAUGCUCAGAUGAAGCAGUUGCGCCUAAUGAUGGGAUACCGGAGGCUGACACUGCAAGAAGCGAUUGUGCAGGCCGAGGAUCACCUCCUGGCGGGGUAUCAUCACCUGUACAAAGGCGCCCCAGCUGCGGCUCAGGAAAUCAAAGCUGUGGGUGAGUAUUUUCUCGAACACGGCGAGCGUUAUGGGGGUCCCGAGAUGAUGAACAUCUGGAUAUCGGACUGGUCGAAUCGCUUUCCCCUAGCUCAAUAG